GUGAUGGGCCCCGGCGCGGCCGCCCCCGGGCAGGAGCACGCGGGGCGCGGGGCGGGCGGUAUCCUCUCCCCCGGCCCCUGCGCCGGACUCGGGCCGGCCGCGCGGGCGGCGCUCCCCCCUCGCCGACUGCGCGCCGCCCCCGGGGGGCGGCGGUGAAGGACCUGCCCGGCGCCCCGCUAUUUAUUCGCCCCCCACGCCCCCUUCCUCCUCCGCCCCGCUCUUUCCCGCGCCGCGGGCGGGCCAUGGCUGGCGGCGGCGCGGUCGGCCCGGCGGACGAGCAGUGAGGGCGGACGGAGCCCCCCUUGUCGUCGGGGCGCGGCCGCACCAUGUCGGCCGUCGCGUACGUGGACUUCGUAGCGGCGCAGUGCCUGGUCUCCAUCUCCAACCGCUCCGCCGUGCCCGAGGCGGCGCGGCUGAAGGUGCCGGGCGAGGGGGAGGCGGCCCGGGAGCUGCGCGACCCCCGCGACGCCUGGAAGGACUACUGCGCCCUGCUGGCCAUCGCCAAGAGCCUGCUGGAGCUGAACAAGUACCGGCCGCUGCCCGCCCCCUCCGUCUGCAGUGACAGCGUGGAGAGCCCCGACGAGGACGCGGGCUCCGACAGCGACGCGGCCACCGAGCAGGGUUCCAGCCCGCCCCGCAGCCCCCCGCCGGGGCCGCCCCCCCGCCUGCGCGCCGCCGGGGCCGCCCCUAAGGGGAAGCUGGCGGCCGAGAAGCGGCACAAGUGCCCCUACAGCGGCUGCGGCAAGGUCUACGGCAAGUCUUCCCACCUCAAGGCGCACUACCGGGUGCACACAGGUGAGCGGCCAUUCCCCUGCACGUGGCCCGACUGCCUUAAGAAGUUCUCGCGCUCGGACGAGCUGACGCGGCACUACCGCACGCACACCGGCGAGAAGCAGUUCCGCUGCCCGCUCUGCGAGAAACGCUUCAUGCGCAGCGACCACCUGACCAAGCACGCCCGCCGCCACACCGAGUUCCACCCCAGCAUGAUCAAGCGAUCCAAAAGGUCCACCUCCAGCAGCUCCUUGUGAAGGCAGGGCUGGCCCUGGGGAAGGAGUGGAGGAGAGGCGGGCUGUGGCGAGGGUGCAGGCGGUGGGGCCAUAACACGAGCAUCCACUGCGCUGCCGGUCACCCUCGCUGUCCAAAAGCACAUGUAGCCGGCAUUUUAAAAAAAAAAAAUAUUACUCAGUAUCCCCCUCCCCAUCUUCCACCUCCUGGCUCUGCGCCGAGAACAGUCUGGAACAAGUGGACUGUGGGGUGAGAGGAGGGAAGGGGCCAGGGAGGAGGGACCACCUCUUCCAAGGUGUGCGUUGAUACUGGUGUACGUACAUAGGACUGGGCGGUCUGGCCUGUGCCACCACAGUAGCAUGACCCCAAAGUCUUUGUGAUUGCUGUGUCAUGAACAUGUUUUGUUGAACAGUGUAAUGCUGCUUGUAUUUAGAGUCUGUCGAGUAAAAACACUUUCCGAGUCACAUAAAUAACUCAGAUAAAAACUCCAUAGCACAUUGUAGAAGUGGGUUUACUUCUGUGUAUCUUCUGUGUUUCUGCACUUAAAGAGACUAUUAAGAGAAACAUUACAUAUGUUACCAAUAGUAUCUGAUUGAUAUACUGAGAUAAGGUGAAUUUAUACUCAAUAAGGCCCAUUAAAGUAAAUAGGUAUUUUUAACUUUUCUUUGUAUUAACUAUACUUUUGAAUAUCAGCUGGACUUUUCCAGUAAAAACAUGUAUGUUUCAAGAAAAUACUUAAAGCAAAAAAAUCCCCAUCAAGAGCUCAGUAAUUUUCUGACUGUGUGUGUAUUUAGCUCUGUUAUUCACUUACCUGGAAAAAAACAGCUCAGCCUAGAUUAUGUGGCGGGCAUGUGGGAGCUGAAGUGUAUGUCUCUCAUAUGAUCCCAUACUUUACUUGUCAGUAAUAUAGUACUGUACUACAGAAAUGCCACUAACAGUGCUUUAUUCUGCUGUGGUUUGUUUGAAUGGGUGCACAAAGCAGCUACCAUCUUUACAAACUGCUGCUUUUUUAAAGGCUUUUUCUCUUCCUACACUUGCCUUAAAGAUUUAUUCUCUUCAUACCAUGGCCUAACUCCCUUGGAGUCCUAUGGGAAUUGUGUGUGCUUAUGGAGAGAGUAGACCUUUUCUUAAAAGCACUCGGAUAAUGGAAACACCUAAAAUUGCUGUAAGGAGCUCUUUGGAAGGGCUCCUGUAUCUCUUGAUUGAUCUUUCUUUGGAGUAUGGGGGAAUACCACAAGCUAAUUUGAAAUAUAGAAGGUGUCUUGCAAUACUCCUUUGUGACAUAAGCUUCUCUUAGUACUUUGUACCUGUGUCAUGCAUGACAGGUCAAAUGGUGAUAAAAGCAAUGUUAACUUUUAUUUUAAAGCUAUUUUUUGAUCUUUAAAAGGAGCAGAAAGACCACUGAAUGAAAACUUUUAGAUGUGAUCAUUAGUGAAUAUUUCAAAUUUUUGUAUGUUAAAAGCAUGAAAUUUAAGAUGUUAUCAGUGGUAUACUUUUUCCCCUCCCCAGCUGCAUAAUGGGGGAGAAUUCUCUUUACACAUUAUUUUUUUCCAGCAAUGUUCUUCUGUUUGAUUUUUACCCCUUCCUCCAGAAGAGGAAGGGGAGGUGCAGCCCUACUAGAGACUUAGGGCCAAAUUAAUUUUGUGAGUAUUUACACUGAAACCCAAAGUGUCUCCACUGCAGAUGAAUUUAGGUCAUCUUGUAAAAUUUUGUACAUAAAAGAUCUUGUUAGCACACCUGCAAUUACAGUAUCUUAUUGUUUUAUCUGAUAAAAAGCUUGCUUCCUAGAAACAAACAUAAAAAAUUAACUCGGAGAGUAGAGUGUUUUCCUCUACAGUUGUAUAUGGCUUUCAGCAUUAUAGAAAUCAGUUUGCAUACUGUGUUUUUACCUGUGUAGUUCAUGAUAGAUUUCGUCUAUGUGAAGAGAACUUCUUUUAAAGCAUUGGGGAUAUUGAAUAGUCUAUGGAAUAAAAAGGGAUGUGUUUUCUUCAGUGAAGACAUCAGGAAACCAAGCACACUUUCUACCUCCGUUUCAGCUUUUUGAAACAUUUAUUUUAGAAACCAAACUUUAAUUUCUCGUAUUCAGAUUGAGUCAUAGGGACAUAAGUUCUUUGUAAUAAAAUCUGGUAGUGUUGGUAUUUUUAUUGAUCAAGAAAUACAGAAAGUAUUCGGCUUACCAGUACUGUUAAUGCUGCCUUGUGGAGUAGGGUCAGGGCCGUGAGCAGCCCGAUGAGAUUCAGAGGUGCAUCUUUAUUCAUCUUUGUUGUUCUCUCUGAAGAUCAAGCUAGAUUUCAAGUCUCCGUCCUGCAGUCUGGAUUGUUGCCAUUUUGUGGGACAAAUACAGCACUUGGCAAAUUAAAGCCUGAUCCUGUGAAACACAAGAGAUCCUCACAUCCAAUCAAACACAACUAGAAGCCACAGCUGAUAAGCAGCUCCUAAAUCAGUAUGUAAACGUUUUGGUCACUUAGCUACCAGGAUUAACUGAUAUAUGGAAGUAAAUGGCCAGCUUUAUAGUAUCCAUGUUGUGUAUUUGGGGUAGAAUGCACACUUAAAGAAAUGUUCCUGCAAAGUCUGAAAUAGGCGGGAGGUACUUUAGUCCAUGGGACAGUGGGACAUGCAAAGCAUGUGUCACCACUGCCAGUGACAAGAUCCUGUUUCUGAAAAAAACCCUUCCUAAAUGGUAGUGUAUGCUGUAUUUCAGCAUUGGACAGACAGGAUUAAUGUGAUUCAUUAAUCUCUAAGAGAAUGCAUUGGGAAUUACCAGGUUUGGGGAUAUCAUUGUACUGUUUUGUUAAUUUGGUUUGUUUUUUUGUUUUUUUAUUCUUUCAGUAAAAGCAAACAAUGGCUUUAACACCUAAAACAAACUGCAGGUUAGAUCCUUGCAUCUUGAAGUUAAGUUUUGAAUAGUGUUGCAAGUGUUGGAAAAGAAAAGGAAAAUCAGGUUCUCUAAUACUGUAUGUACUUGUUGUACUAUUUUGGAAGUACUUAAUAGCGCUGAAGUUAGGACAGCUCCUCUCUUUGAUUAAGAAAGUCCAUUAAUAUAGAGAAGUCAUGGAUUUAAAGGUAUAGCUAUAUAACAUACUUCUUGAACUUUCUUCAUGACUGACAUUACAGAUCUGUUUUCAGCUUGCAGAUGGACUUAGGCCAGCAUACACCAGACUGGACACAUACUUAAAAAUGCUGUUCUACAAACCAGUGAUCUGUAACACUGUAAAAUACCAACUCCCAAUAGUUUAAUCAGUUUUAUUUUUGUACAGUAUUCGUAUUCUUUAUAAGUUAUUUUGCUGUCCUGUUUUGUAAAUCACAUGAAAUUGUAAAAAAAGGAAAAGAAAAAAAAGUAGGCAUAGGUGUUUUUGUACAUAUGUAUAUAUAUAUUGUCCAAAUAAAGAAAAAAGGAAUAAAAAAUCCAAACUUGGUCUUGAAUGACUGGAAUCAAGCAGUGGUCAUGUAAACCAGCCUCAGUGACCACAAAAAAAAAAAAUACUGCACAUUGUGAAAUUCAUAGUUUGAGCAGUGUGUGAACCAGCUUAAAAGGUCUUAGUGUUGCUAGUCAUCAUUUGGCUUGGAUUGUCUUUCUCUGCCUUUCCAGUGUGUUUUCCCAGGCAUUCCUUCUAGAGAAAAAACUUGCACUCAGGAAGAAGUGUCCCAUCACCUGCAUCCUCCAGCUCACUAGAAGUCUGUCUCCCACUGCUCCUUGGCCUUUGAGCUCAGAGUGGUGCUCUCCCUCACACCACACACCUGCUCUGUGAGCAAAUGAUGCUGCAUCCACACUACUGCCUUGAGCUUUCCGUGGCUUUGGAGGAUUCACUGGUGUAUGGAGAUAAAGAGCAUCUGCUUGGCCUCUGAAAGAGAAAGGCAAGGUACCCUGUGCCAAAAAGCUCCCUGACAUGCACAGUCAUGGGCAUCACAGUCACUGAAAGCACCCACUUACAGGAACUUAACCAGGUGUGUGGGCACAGGGCUCAAAUAUGACUGCAGGAUAAGCCCUGGACCCAAGGGAACAUGCCAUCUUCCAGCAAUGCAGGCAGGGACAAAUGGGUGGAAGAUUGUCAUCUGCAGCUGGAACAAAACUUGUAACUAGCUUCCAGAUUUUACUCAAUGCUGAAUUGGAGUUUUCUCUUCUUGUGUUGGAUGGCUAGAAGACAGAUAAAAAAAACUCAGCAUAAUGUUUUUUCAGCUUGUAAUUGAUUUUAUGAAUAAGGGACACAGAGCUGUGGCACUGGUCUCAUUCCCUUGCAAUCCCAUCAUAAAAGAUUUUCCACAAAUUUACCAUUCUUUAUCUUAAACCUUUUAAUAUUUGGUUUUAGUGCUGUAAUUUGAACAGCUACCAAAAUCUGCCUAGUGUAGAGGAGGCCAUAAAAGAAUGUUUCCAACCACUGAGAUGCAGUACAUUUACAGAGGGGUCUUGCCUCGAGUGGUGUAAAUUCUGACUAGGAAUGGGUACAUCAUGUAAAAUCUUGGGUGCACCGCAGAGGCGUUGGCAUGGGGUAGUGUGACCCUGAACUAGACCUGCUGAUUCUGAGAGCAGUUUCUACAAGGUUGUAAGGGUAUCCUGUGCUUUCAAUUCUCCUCUCUGCCAAGGACAAAAGAAAGGAAACAUGCCACAAAACGUCUUAACAGUCUAAUGAAAUGCCUGCAGAGUGGUUCAGGAAGCUGCAUACAAGGAAGGCUGGCUUUCUGAAUCUGUCAGCUGGGUGACCUGUACAAUUUUGAUCUCCACAGGAGUCUAUAACAAUGUUGUUCAGCAUCCACACUUCAAGGGCUGAAGAGUCUGUGAGGUUUUAUUAAUGCACCAGAGCUCUGUAACAACCACUGCUUUCUCAAUGACUCUUGCUUUGGAAGCAAGACUUUCUCGUUGAGCUCCUCACACUGCUCAGCCACAUCGGAAAAAUUUCUUCAUCAGUAACUUAAUGCAAACAUCUAAUUGUCAGAACACCCCACUUACUCAAGUACUGUUUAUGGAACUCCCUUAAAGGAGAGGAAGCUUUCCCAAUGGGAAGAAUUUUUCAGCCACCUUUCACUGCCAUGCUGUCCUCAGCUAAGAAACUCUCUGGCCUCUAAAACACCUCAAACACUUCCACAGGUAUUGUGGAAAUCUUCCAUUUCAAGAAGAGAAGAUCUUGACUGACAUAAGUUCUAAUCCUUAGCAGACAUUUAUUUCUGUAUGAUUACACACAGUAUUUUUCUGGCUCAUCCAUGGCUUAUGGGUAAAAAGAGUCCGUAUUGCUUUCAGCUUGUACUUUUGAAAUUGCUACAACUAUUGCUGUAUUUUUAGUGGCUUGUGACCUUCAAUUCAUAAUUAAUAAACAUCCUAUCACUUUUCAUAUCGAACACCA